AUGACUGAAUGGGCAGAAACUCUACAGAGAUCUCCCGUUAAGGAAUCUGACGAGUUAUGCCAGACAUACAGUCAGAGAGGGGAGGCCCUCCGUGCAAAAUGGGAUACGGAAGGUCAACUCAGCGAUGAAGAAUACGACCAGCUCGAUACCAGUAUGCUAGUUGUAAAUUGUUUAAAUACGCUUUCUGAUGCCAAAUACAAGCGCCAACGGAAAAGAUUCGACGACUGGAAUACGCCUGAAGAACUUCGUAUAUCUACUCUCAGCGCCAUCGGCAGAGUCAUCUGUGACACGAGGACAGUUAGAAUUCGCAUCGAGUCCUUUGAAAUCAAACUGAGCCUGUCUAAACCCCAAAUGUUCAUCGAGGAUAAAGCUCGGAUCAUACUUACUCACUUCAAGGAAACCAUUCCUGAUACGCUAGAUGAGUUAGAAGAACACACCGAGCUGAGUAUUGCCAGUCUCCAAAAAAAAAUUCAACUUUACCAAGACCAGAUAUCCCCAGAAGACUCUCUGGAGCAUGAAUUAAAUCGGCACAUCAACAAUACCAACCUUCGAAUUAAAGAAUUGGAGAAAACACUUCAAAUUACUCAAAGGAUUUAUGAUAUAAAGGAGUAUUUUCACAUACAUAUGCGGGACAAUCUGUACUUAGACUUUGACUUCUCCAUUACCGAAAGUAAUUCUAGAGCUCCACGCUUCAAAUCUCAAGGUCCAAGGAAGUGGCUGCAAACCAAAUUUGAAGAAAUAUUCGACCCCUACUACGCCGGCGUAGAAGGCAACUACAGGUUUAAACUAAAACUUAUACCGAUCUCUAGGGCCCCCAAUGUCUUUCUUGUGUGUGUCACGGCUCCCAAUGGUCAUACAGACAUGGACUCUCUAGUCCAUGUAAUGUUCAACCCAAACAAGCUUGACAUUCCUCAAGCACCUCAAGACGGGUAUUCACAACGUCAAGUCGGAGAGCCUAUCUAUUACAAAGUAUUGGCCAAACACCUAGUCGAAAAAAGAUACUAUGGGGGUAAACAACACAACUCCCUUACUAAGUCUGUUUUCUAUUUAAUUGAAACUGAGUCUGACAGGAUUAUAAGACGGAGAAAUGGUCUCCUAAAGGGCGUCCAAAUUGACAUCAUCUCUUCAUAUCGAUCACCUUAUCCACACCAAAGUUACAAAGGAACUGAAUAG